GAUAAAUAGACUUAUUUUUAUCUAUUUCAAGUAUGUGCACCAGAAGUAUGUUUCCCUUCACCUCAGCUCAGUGGCAGGAGCUUGAACAUCAAGCUCUCAUCUUCAAAUACAUGGUUUCCGGCAUUCCUAUACCUCCAGAUCUCCUCUUCAGUAUUAAAAGAAGUACCUUGGACUCUCCUUUCACUUCUAAGCUUCUCCCCCACCAUCCUCAACAUGUAGGGUGGAACUAUUUGCAAAUGAGUUUAGGGAGGAAGAUAGACCCAGAACCAGGGAGGUGCAGAAGAACUGAUGGGAAAAAGUGGAGAUGCUCAAAAGAGGCGUAUCCAGAUUCGAAGUACUGUGAGAGGCACAUGCAUAGAGGCAAAAAUCGUUCAAGAAAGCCUGUGGAUGUUUUGAAAACGACAGCAACAAAUGAUAUUAACCGCCUUUCAAAUCCAGCGUUUUCUUCCCUAACCAACAAUUCAUCCUUACUCUCCUAUCGGCCCUUCCCCGCUCAUCAAAUAUCUUCAACUUCUAAUGGGAAUGGCAUAUCACCCCAAGACACUAAUACCCUCUUGCUUCUGGAAUCUGGUUCUUACUCGGACAGAAACCCAGAUUACAGAAGAAGUAGGGACACUUAUGGGCUAAAAGAGAAAGUAGAUGAGUAUGCCUUCUUCUCGCAAGAACCAUCUGAAACUGCUGCAAGAGCCGAUUCUCUGCAACUGACACCACUAACGAUGAGUUGUUCUUCUCUAUACCCAAAACAGAACUGCUCUUCUUUGCAGAAUGAUCAGUCCUGCUAUCAGCUUCAUCAGAGCCUCACAGACCCUUUGAAGCAACAAAAGAGAGAGGAAUCACAGAAGACAGUUCAUCGAUUCUUCGAUGAAUGGCCUCCAAAAGAGCUCUGAUCACGGCUUGAUUUCGAAGAUAAAUCAUCAAAUACUGGCUCAGUUUCCACCAUUCGGCCCUCAACUUCCAUUCCCACCACUUCCAACGACUUCCCCAUUUUCGGAUUCAACAACCCAUAAUGAAACCUGGCCCCGAACUCCUUUUUUUUUUUUUUCCUUUUCUCCAAAGUCGGUUUGUUCCUGUGCCUUAUCUCCAGGGUGACCCCAGUUGUUCCUUAUUGAAUUUUAUUUGGUUUCCUAGGAUGUACUUUCGGCUGAGCUUCAUCCCAUCUUUUUUCUUAUGUAGGGUGGGGUUCAAUUGGGCCAUGGGUUGUUUAUUAAACGAAUGUUCCAUCGUUUUUUAUUCUAGUGUAGACUUUUCUACAUCAUUUCUUA